AUGACAAUGACAAUGAAUAGCGAUAAAACAAUUGGCGACAUAUUUGGUAAAACUGGCCGACGAGUUAUUGAAAGAAAUCUUUUCCGACUAAAAAAAGAACAUGAAAUAGAUUUAGUUAUCGCUAAUGUGGAAAAUACUACUCAUGGCAAAGGAAUAUCACGCAAGCAUUAUCAGGAAUUAAAAAAUUAUGGAAUUGAUAUCAUGACUUCAGGCAAUCAUAUCUUUGCUAUUGAGGAUACCAGAAAAUAUAUAAAUGAAGUGUCGGAUUUAUUAAGACCAAUUAAUUCUAAUCCUUAUCAUCCAGGUCCAGGAACUAUUUUAACUAAAGUUAAAGGCAAAAAAAUUCGCAUCACUAACUUAUUGGGAACUACUUUUAUGCCGAUGGCGGCCGAAAACCCCUAUUUUGCCUUAGAAAAAAUAUUAAAUUUACAAGAUUGA